UUAAUCUAUAAACACUAUGUGGUGUCCUUCGUUUCUAUCCAAAAAUAUCUAAUCACGUGGAUCGUAUGACAGACGAUCGAUUUUUGCCUAAGGUUUUUUGAAGAUCAUCGAAAAUAUUGUAUGUAUCUAGCAUCGUUUCUCCGUCAUUAUUUAUUACAGCAAUGCCACUAUGCAGUCCUGUGCAAAUCUCCAUCAAUCAAAUCGUUGGUAUUUAUCGAUACUCGAGACGUCAAUCGAACCUUUUUCUCACGUAUUUUCACAAUAUCGAAGAGAUUAGCGGGAAACGGCAUAUUUCUCCUCUUAUCGGACAAGCGCAUGCAAAUGAAAAUAUUUUUAAUACUGCGUAAUUAAUAGCACAUAUAAAUGUAACGAAUCCUCUUGUCGACGGCAUCAACGUUAUUUUUUCCUCGGCUCGUAACGUUUACUGUUUGUGAGUGCGACAAUCGUCAAAAUAGUUUGUGUUAAAAAAUGAAUAUUAUCCUGGUAUUUCUGUUUCAUUGUUUGGCCAUUGUCUAUGCCGCACCAUCGAGGGUAGUGGGUGGCAGCGAUGCACCAGACGGUAAAUAUCCGUAUCAAGUAUCUCUACGAAGCCCGUCGCACUUUUGCGGUGGCUCAAUUUUAAAUGACCGAUGGAUCUUGACUGCGGCUCAUUGUGUAGUUGGACGGUCUGGUGCGAGCGUCACAGUCGUAGCGGGAACGAAUCUACUCAAUGGUGUCAACGAGAUUGUCUACAAGUCCGAAUACAUAGUUUGGCAUAAAAAAUUCGACAUGUUUCGAUUGGUCAACGAUGUCGCUUUGAUUCGCGUCGACAAGACCAUUGAAUUCGGCGAAAAGAUUCAGCCGAUUUCUUUGCCUCGAGAAGACUUUGUCAAGAUUAAUUAUCCGGUGGUACUCACGGGAUGGGGACGAAUAAAGCUCAAUGGCCAAGUACCAAACAACUUACAAGAAAUCGAGCUUAAAGUAAUCGAUCAAGAGGACUGUGCCCGAAAAAUGUCAGCUGUCCGGAUAACCGAAUCUCACAUUUGCACCCUUACAAAAUCCGGCGAAGGUGCCUGCCACGGUGAUUCCGGUGGUCCGCUAGUAGCCGAUGGUGUACAAAUUGGCAUCGUAUCGUUUGGCAUGCCUUGUGCCCGAGGUGCACCGGAUGUUUACACACGAAUAUUCACGUUCGUCGAUUGGAUUGAUAAGCAGAUCGACGAAUACGAUCAAAGUCUUUUGAGUUUUUAGUAUUUAAUAUAAAUUUGUUGA